UCAAAGUGUGACGCUUUUCUAUUUUCAGUGACUGAUUAAAUUGUCAAGAGCCAAAAUGGAAAGCCCCGGGAAAAUGGCCACUUGCGUUGGUUGUCAAGAUAAAUUCGAUAGGAGAUGUAUGUCGGAAGGGAGAGAUAAUAUUUUAUACUGCUCUGAUUGCUUCAAAAGACUAUGUGCAGGCUCUGGUGACUCGAAAGCUAAACAGUCCCAUGAUUUACGCGAUAAAAUGUUUCCUUAUCCAGAAGUCUUCUCCCAUCGAAUUCGACAAAUUUCACCCGUCAAAAGCGGUAGUCCCAGUGUGGUUUCUCUUUCGAAGAGACCACUCCAAUGUCCCAAAGCAGACUGCAACAAAUUCGUCUCGUUAUUUACACUGGAGUCCCACUUCAAAUACGAACACAAGGAAGUUCCUAUAAUUCUGACACAGCUGGAUGCUAGAAGUGCAUUAGAAUUUUAUCCUCGAGAUGUCAGAUACGGCGUAACGCAGUGCAUUGUUCUAUUGAACGUUAUCAAUCACGAUUUUUCCAACAUUAUUCCGCGAACUAGUAGCUACUGCAGCAAAACUAACCUUCAGACCACAGACUCUAAGCCUGUGAUGGUACUGUUAGCAGGAAGAGUAGCCGGCUGUCACCUCAACCAAUUGGACGACGGAAAAACUCACCCCUACCCCGCUUAUCUCACAUCAGACGAUAACCGUGAAGACAAAGGCGAUGACAACGAUGAGGGUACCAUAUCUUCCAAGACCUACGUGGAGACUAAGCCCAAUAUUCUCAGCCCGGGAGACCAGAUCAUCAUCUGGGUCGCUUCCAAUAUCUUCACUAGUCUCAGCUACACUGUUGCAGCUUCUACUUUGUCAAACAAGAUCAGGCAGAAGUACUUUGGGCCGAUUUUGACACUCGGAGAUAAUCCUAUGGAGUUGUGUAAGGAGGGAACUGGUUUGAUUUUGACUCAUUACCAUGUCAACGGAAUGUCAGAGAAUGGUACGAAGCCCCUCGCUAUUGACGUUGUGAUACAUAGUCCAGAUUGAUUUUACAUUCAUGAAUAUAUUUUCAAAAGUUUUACAGUUGAA